AUGAGAACCUCAAUUGGGGCCACGCAAUGGCUUCGACUCAUCUAUGCAAUAGCACUUUGCAUAAUUGCUUUUAGUACUUUUGCUAUUGCUGAUGAUGACAAGCCUUACUAUGGAGGUCAAUAUCCAUACAACUAUCCCCAACCACCCUACAGUUACAAGCCACCUCCAUAUAAUAACUAUCAAUCUCCACCCCCAUAUGCUUACAAAUUUCCUCCAUAUUACUAUCAAUCUCCACCGCCAUAUGCUUACAAAUUCCCUCCAUAUUACUAUCAAUCUCCACCACCUUAUGAAAACAAAUUCUCUCCGUAUAAUUAUCAGUCCCCUCUUUCAUAUGAUAAUAAAUAUCCUCCAUAUUACUAUAAAUCUCCACCAUCUCCUUAUGUCGAAAAAUUUCCACCAUAUUACAACAAAUCACCUCCUCUACCAUCUCCUUCACCACCACCUCCUUAUGUCUACAAAUCACUUCCACCUCCUCCAUAUAUCUACAAGUCGCCACUUCCCCCGCCAUAUGUCUAUAACAGUCCACCACCUCCAUAUGUUUACCAAUCACCACCCCCUCCACCAUAUAUUUACAAGUCUCCUCCCCCACCAUCACCGCCUCCUCCAUAUGUCUACAAGUCACCACCUCCUCCACCAUAUGUCUAUAACAGUCCACCUCCUCCAUAUGUUUACAGCUCACCACCCCCUCCACCAUAUGUUUACAAGUCUCCUCCCCAACCAUCACCGUCUUCUCCAUAUGUUUACAAGUCACCACCUCCUCCACCAUCUGUCUAUAAUAGUCCACCUCCUCCAUAUGUUUACUCAUCACCACCUCCUCUACCUUAUGUUUACAAGUCUCCUCCUCCACCACCAUAUGUCUAUAAUAGCCCACCACCUCCAUAUGUUUACCAAUCACCACCUCCCCCACCUUACAUUUACAAAUCUCCUCCUCCACCGUCUCCAUCACCACCCCCUCCAUAUAUUUACAAAUCACCACCUCCUCCAUCUCCUUCUCCUCCACCUCCAUAUGUAUAUAUUAGUCCACCACCUCCGUAUGUUUACAACUCACCACCACCACCAUCCCCUUCACCACCUCCUCCAUAUGUCUAUAAGUCACCACCUCCCCCACCAUAUGUAUACAAGAGUCCACCCCCACCCUCACAACCACCUCCAUAUGUAUACAAAUUUCCUCCUCCACCAUACCCCUCUCCUCCCCCACCAUAUGUUUACAAGUCACCACCACCUCCAUACAUAUACAAGUCUUCACCCUCUCCAUAUGUUUAUGAGUCUCCACCAUAUAUCUAUAAAACCCCAACACUACCUCCAUAUGUUUAUAAAUCUCCUCCUGCAUCCUACAUCGAUGCACCCCCAUCUCGUCCAUCUUAUUCAGCACCUCCUCCGUACAUUUACAAAUCUCCACCAACACUAUAUAAUCCUUAUCUAUAUAGUUCCCCUCCACCUCCUGGGUAUUAA